GGUGAGAGGGGAGGGCAGGGCUGAGCCGUGCCGGGCGGGCGAGUGACACCUGGGCGGCUGCGCUGCCUCCUCCUCCUCCUCUCACGUAGGUUUCGACUUUCUUCCCCGCCCGGAAACUUGGUAGAGGCGCCGCGCUCGCCGCCGUCGCAGGCCGGGUCGGCGCUGGGUUUCCAGCGCCUCUUCCCUCCCCAUCCCGGGGGUGWGCGAGCCCUUUCCCGCCGCGGCGGCCGCAGAGCUGUGUGGCAGAGCUGCUGUGUGACAAUCUCCUCCCUGGCGCUGGCUGCCAUGGCUGACCCYGUCGCAGAGGAACACGCGCCCCAAGUCCCUGAGCUGUGCUCUGAGUGUGGCCAGGCCCACCUCUUGCUGGACAAUCACCUGUACAACUUCCAGGACGAAGUGGACGAUGAGCUCAUCUGCCACAUCUGCCUGCAGCCCCUGCUGCAGCCCAUGGACACUCCCUGUGGCCACACGUACUGUUUCAAGUGCCUUGAGAACUUCAUGCAGGAGUAYAACUUCUGUCCCAUGGAUCGGAAGAAGCUCUCCUUCCAGCAGUGCCACAAGUCCAGCCUCCUGGUCCGGAACCUGUUGGAUAAGCUGGUUGUGCUCUGUCCUUUCAAAGCUGAGUGCCAGCAGACCAUGCAGCGCUGUGAGCUGGAAGCUCACCUGCAGAACAGGUGUCCUGGGUUCAAGAAAUACAAAUCUGAACUACAGCGGAAAAAGAAUCCCAUUUCCAAAGGGAAGGAAGAUCCUCCCACCAAGGGGGAGACAAACACGCCCAAGGAUCCAGAGGUCCCAAUUGGAGACUCCUCACUUGUGGCAGAAAGCUCUGGAGCUGCUGUGGUGUCACUGGGGACUGCAGAGCCYGGACUGGUUAAUCCAGCUUUUGAGGAGACUGAAGAAGACCUUCCUCAGAGAACCAGUCUUGUGGCUGAAACAACCACCAUUGAAAUCCACCGGGAAGACCCCGAGGAAGAGCUGGGGAUGCGGAUAGUUGGGGGCAAGGACACCCCRCUAGGGAACAUCGUUGUUCAGGAGGUGCUGCGGGACUCUGUGAUUGCUGCUGAUGGAAGAAUUGCACCUGGGGACCACAUCCUCGAGGUGAAUGGCGUCAACAUCAGCAGUGUGACUCACUGCCAGGCUGUCUCCUUCCUGCGCCACCCAGGCCCUGUUCUCCACCUCAUGGUCCUGCAGGAGAAGGGCUUUUCCAACAAGACUGCACAGCAGGAUUCCACUUCUACCAACCGGGAAGUGAUCCACGUCACCUUGAUAAAGAGGGACCGAUCUGAACCCUUGGGAAUCAAACUGAUCAGGAAGACUGACGAGGCAGGGAUUUUUAUUCUGGAUCUCUUAGAGGGAGGUUUGGCGGCCAAGAAUGGAAAGCUGAGUCGGAAUGACAGAGUCCUGUCAAUAAAUGGGCAGGAUUUGAGACAAGGAACUCCUGAAGCUGCUGCMCAGAUAAUCCAGACCACGGAAUCCAGAGUGAACUUUGUGAUCCUGAGGCAGCCUGGGGUGCAGCUGGGAGAGUCAGUGGAGGAUGGCAGCACCUCCAACAGCAGCAGCAGYAGYAGCAGCAGCAGCAGCAGCAAUGGGGGGAGCCCUGUGCACCAUCGCCGGCGACCAGAGCAGAACCACUACAGACGAAAAUCCAACUACCAGAAGGAUUUGCCUCAGGGAUAUGUAAGUCACGAGAAGACAGUUGCAAUAAAAAAGGAGCCAAAGGAAUCUUUGGGAAUCACAAUUGGAGGUGGAAGGGAUAACAAAAACAAGCUCCCUAUUUAUGUGACAAGUGUGCAGCCCAUUGGAUGCCUCUUCAGGGAUGGCAGAAUCAAGAGAGGGGAUGUACUUUUGAGCAUAAAUGGUGUUGAUUUGACUCAUCUGAACUAUUAUGAAGCUGUGUCAGCACUGAAAUCCAAUGCAGCUUCCCACUCAGUGACACUGAAAGCCUUGGAAAUCCUCUCACUGAACUCCCCAGAGCCCUCCCUGGACAUCAGGGARCAGGGAUUCAGCUGGUCUCCCCUCUGGAUCACGUGGCUUGGAUUGCCCAGCAACCUUCACUUCUGUCAAGAUAUUGUCCUGAGUAAAGGAAAUCUGGAAAGUUGGGGCUUCAGCAUCGUGGGAGGCUUUGAGGAAAGCAAAGGAAACCAACCCUUCUUCAUCAAAACCAUCGUGCCCGGGACUCCCGCAUUCCGCGACAGGAAACUCAAGUGUGGAGAUGAAAUCGUGGCAGUGAAUGGCGUGCCAGCAAUAGGAAUGAGCAACUCGGAAUUAAUCCCGAUGCUGAAGGAGCAGAGGAACAAAGUCACCCUGACCGUGGUGUCCUGGCCAGGGAGCCUCGUGUGAGAACUCCACCAAACCCCCAACACUUCCAGGUAUCCCAACAGCAGCAGAGCUCCACCUGACAGGGAACUGACUGCUCAACUCCUGCUCCUGCUGCAUUGCCAUGGAGGACUCCUCCCUGUUUCCUUUUUGUGGAAAACAUUUUACCAACAAACCUGGAUGUGGAAUUCAAAGCAAGGGUUAAUCYAACAGUUGCUGGAGCUUCCCAGGCUCGUUAAAGCUCCUUAGGAUUGGUGGCUGCUGAGGCUUUCCUUGAUUUUAGGGCUCUGCUUUCCAUUGAGUAGGGUUAAAACAGAGGCUUUUAGAAGCAGCCAAUAAAUCUGUAAGGAUGGGUGGGGACCCAAUUAGGCACUUCCUAUCUAUCAAGAUUUCCCAGUCCUCAUAUUUCUAGGUGUCAGUAGCCCAAGGAAUGUAUUAAUGCAUUAAAAGCCCAGGGUAACUCAGAGCUGCUGGCUGAGCCUGGUGGAGCUGUGUGACCUGAAUGAGGGUCCUGUCACAAAUCCUGAUUGAGGAUCCUGCCAAUUCCACGGAUGCACUGCAAAGGGACAAUUUCAACACCUUCAAGAACCACCGACAAACGUAUCAGCAAGACUGGUUUCAUUGCGAUACGAUGUUGCAAAGUGAGACUUUACCCAAGGUCAAGAGCAAGGUUCACUCUUACUCCACACAAGUUUCCCUGGUUUUAGGAUUGAUAAAAGCAGUUUUUUCCAGAGGAGGCAGGUGAGGAAGUGAACAGGUCACAGCCACCCCUGCCUGCCUUUCUUUAUUUGUUCCCUGGGGUCAGCAGCAGAGUUCAGGCAGGGACAGGAGCUCCUGUAGUCAGGCAGGACACAUUGGCUCCUGCUGYUCUGUUCCUGUCCCUCCUGCAGCUGGAGCAAAAUACCUACUCAUGGCAUCAGGGGAAGCUCCAAGGGUCCUUGGCUGCAGGAAAUGUCCCCUCCAGAAGGAAACUGUGCCCAGCCUGGCUUCAGUUCAAACCCACUGUGCAGUUAGAAUUUAGAAUUAAAGAACUGAAGCCCAGGCAGGUUGGUUUGACCUCUGACACUGUGAAAGUUCCUACUUGCAAACUCCACCUGAAGCAAUUCCCUUUUUUAGCAGCAAAAUGAGCAGUAGAAAUGAUGUUUUUUUUUUUUCUCAAAACAAGGUUGCACUGAGAGUUCUUUCUUUCUGUGCUGCCUCUGCUGCACCUUUUGCAGGAGCAGCUUUGUAAGAAUCCAAGGAGUCUGUCCCCUGUCCAAAUGCUGCCACRAAUGAAUGUUUAAUUCCUUGUAGCAGCCCUGCAGGGAAGAGCCCAGCCCUGGCUGAAGCUUCUCCUGGGCUGGCAGUUUGUCACUUGCUGUCCCUGGGCCUUGUUUACACACGGUGACUUCACUUCCUGUGCUGGCAGGGCCUGUUCCCAGAGCCAGGACACAGCAGGGGCUGGAUCAGUGCUCACGGCAGCUGCCUUUGGCUGCUGGACACCCCUGCAGCUUGGACAGCACAGCUGGGGCUACCUGGGCUCCAGGGCUCUGGCUCCUGUUGUUCUGCUGAAUGCUGAGAGCCAAAUAAUCCACAGARGAAAACUCGUCAUUGACCUCGCUGGGACACAAAAACCUGAAGCAAUUUUUUAUCUCUUUCCAAUCAAUGUGCAGAAUCUGUGCCUGGAACAGUAAAUAUUGCUGUGGACAGAGAGAGGGCGAUUCCCACUGCCUGUUCCAAAUGUGGGUAAAGUGCAGGAGGGAAGAGCUGUGCAGCUGCUGGGCUGGCAGUGGGGGUGAGGGGAGGCUGCAGAACCAUUUUUACUGUUACUCCAUCUCCUUUCAAGGUGCCUUCAACUUCACCAAAAUGUCCUCRUUAAUUUAAAUUUUGUUUCCAAAAUCAGCUUGUUAAUAGAUGUUGAGUUUGUUUUGAUGCCUUUAUAAAUUAUUGUAAUAUUGCUGAAAAAUACGGAUUAUGGGUGUGGUCUUUACCUUUUCUUUCCAUGUAUCAGCUAAUGAUCCCAGAACAGGUCACCUCCACAAAAACCUCACCCUGUGAGGCAGGAAACUGUGUAAUUGUCUUUGCUUCUCCAAGGAAAGGAGCUGGACUAUCCUAAAAUACACUGUGGCUGGGAAAAAUCCCUCAACAACAGUAAACCCCACAUCCCACCAGGAAAMCUGCAGCAGCUUCCUGAUGCAAGUAAAGAUUAUUUCCAACACCCCACCUUCCCUCAUAUUAAAGGCAAACAAUUUACCUCUG